AUGCCGGCGUCGUCCUCGUCGCCGGCGAUGGCGUCGCAGCAUGCGCCGACGCCGCGGGAGCUCGACCUCGACGCUUUCCUCCCGAUGUCUCCUACCUCCUCCGCGUCCUCCGACGCCGACGCAGCCGACCCCGACCACCGCCGCGCCGUCGACGACCUGCUCAGCCUCCUCUCCUCCUCAGACUCCGACUCCGACUCCGAGGAGUCCAGCCGCAUCCCCAGCAGCACCAACAGCGGGGCGCCGUCCCGCGUCCAAGCCCCGGCGCCUCCCGCUGAGCCCUCGCCGUUGCCCUCCCCGCCCUCGCCCCCGAGGAGAUCCGCAUCGGCCUCGCCGUCGGAGACCCUCUCCUCCCUCGUCGCGAGAACCUUCUCGAGCAACGGCGCUUCCUCGUCGUCGAGGCCCCUCCCCUCGCUCUUCCGGGGCGUCCGCCCCAGCCCCAAGCCCGGCGCUGCACUUGCCGCUGCCGCCGCAGCGUCCCGCGCGGUCCUCACCCCACACGCCGCUGCCAUCAAGUCCCGCCGAUCAGUCUCGGCGCCCGUGGAGAAAGUUCUGGUGGAAGAGGGGAGUGGCUCCGAAGACUCCAAGGAGCUCCCUCCCACUGGGAGCUUGGAAGCAGAGGUAGAAGAGAAGGGUAAUUCGGAACCGGUUGCUGAGGCGACCAAGCAAACUGCAGGUGGGAGUGUGGGUACAGAAUUGGGAGAGGAUAAACAGGCAGAAGCGGGAGGUGAAGAGAAUGCUGAGGCUAUAAAGCUGGUGGAGGCAAGUUCUCUGGACUCUCUUGUUGCAGAGGAAUCCAGUGGGCAUGAGCAAGGUGAUGAUGUCAAUUUGGCGGAAACUGACCAAGUUGUGAAUCAAAUUGAGGCUGUCUAUGAGGAAAAUGGGGAUGGCGAAACUGUAGAUGAUAAUCAUGUGCAAUCAGAUCAGGGUAUGGAUCUAAUUGGGGUUGUUUCCGAGGAAAGUUCUGAUGAUGAACAGGAGUUUGAAAGAUCUGACAGUAUCAUGGAAGAACAAGUGGAAUCUGGGAGCUUAAUUGAUAAAGUGAUUGAAGAGAGGGUAGAGCAGCUGGAGGCCAGCAGGAAGGCCGAGAAGAACGCAGAGAAGAAGCUGAAGGUGUCAAUGAAGCCGUUGGAGUGGGCAGAGGAGCUUGAGAAGAGGCAGGCCUCGUUUGGUCAACACUGGGAGGAAGGAGCAGCUGCGCAGCCCAUGCAACUAGAGGGAAUCGGAAAGGGCCCACCAGCUAUCGGUUACAUGCAAAUUGAGAUGGACAACCCAGUAACUCGUGCCAUGUCCUCACCGUCGUUUAGGUCAGACCAUGGAUCUCCCCAGGUGCUGGCUGUUCAUAAGAGCUAUAUAGCAAUGGGCACAUCUAAAGGUGCUGUCAUUGUCAUUCCAAGCAAAUACUCCAUUCAUCAAGCUGAUGAUACAGAUGCAAAGAUGCUGUUCUUUUGGAACCAAGGCGAGAGGACUCGAUCACCAGUGACUGCCAUGUGCUUUAACCAACAAGGGGAUCUUCUGCUAGUAGGAUAUGGUGAUGGUCAUAUGACAAUUUGGGAUGUACAGAAAUCUGCAGCAGCAAAAGUUAUAUAUGGCGAGCAUACAGCACCAGUAGUGCAUGCUUGUUUUAUCCGUCAAUCUAAAGCCAUCACUGGGGAUUCAAAGGGGGUAGUUCUAUUGCACACGUUUUCCAUUAUCCCCGUAAUUAAUCGUUUGACUGUCAAGGGAACUCAGCGCCUUUUUGAUGGGAAUACUGGAAUUGUGCUCUCAGCCUGUCCUCUUGUUAUGGAUGAAUCUUUUGGUUUUAGUAACUCAUCUGCCCAGGGAAAUCAGACAACUUCCUCCAGUGGUAGUCUUGGCAGCAUGAUGGGUGGUGUUGUUGGAGGUGUGGUUGGAGUAGAUUCUGGAUGGAAGUUUUUCAAUGAAGGCUCUUCUCCAAUGGAGGAUGGUGUUGUAGUCAUGUUUAUUAUGCAUCAACAUACUCUUGUGGUUAGACUCCGUACCAAUAUUGACCAUGUUGACCAUAUUGAGACCUUCUCUAGACCAGAUGGAGCACGUGAGGGCUCCAUUGCGUAUGCUGCGUGGAAAUACACAUCAUCUUUGAAUGAAUCGUCAUCAGUAGGGUGGAAGCUUGAUAGUGCAGCUGUUGGUGUUGCCUGGUUGGAUGACCAGAUGUUAGUUGUCCUUAAUUUGAGAGGGCAGCUCUGUUUAUUCUCUAAAGACGGCAGUGAGCUUCGCAGAACUACCUUUGUUCCUGAUGGCCUUCUUUUUGAUGACACAAUAUUGCACCAUGCACAUUUUUUUAACAGGUUUGGUAACCCAGAGAGGCAUUUUAACAGUUCAGUAGCAGUAAGAGGUGCUACAGUGUAUAUUCUUGGGCCAUCUUUUCUCACGGUUUCCCGACUUCUUCCAUGGAAAGAGCGAAUUGAAGCACUAAAGAGGGCUGGCGAUUGGAUGGGUGCACUAGAUAUGGCAAUGAGGCUUUAUGAUGGUCAGACACAGGGUGUUGUUGAUCUCCCAAGAACGGUUGAUUCGAUUAGAGAAGCCAUAAUGCCUUACCUAGUAGAAUUGCUGCUAUCGUAUAUAAGUUAUGUUUUUGAAUAUAUUUCAAUUGCACUGUCAAAUCAUACUGGAAAAGGGGGAGAAUCAGAUGUUCUAAUAGAGGCAGAUCGAUCCCUGCUUACACAAAGAGAUGAGCAGUACGCUCGUGUAGGAGGGGUUGCAGUUGAGUAUUGUGUCCACAUUGGACGUAAUGAUAUCCUUUUCGAUACAGUCUUCUCUAAGUUUGUUGCUGCACAAAGUGGAGGUAUGUUUCUGGAGGUGCUAGAGCCCUAUAUAUUGAAGGAUAUGCUUGGUUCUCUGCCCCCUGAGAUCAUGCAAGCACUAGUGGAGCAUUAUAGUGGCAAAGGAUGGUUGCAGCGAGUUGAACAAUGCAUCCUUCACAUGGAUAUUUCUUCAUUGGACUUUAAUCAGGUAGUCAGACUUUGUCGUGAACACGGGCUAUACGGUGCACUAAUUUAUUUAUUUAACCAAGGCCUGAAUGAUUUCCGUACACCUCUAGAGGAACUUCUAUCAGUAGUUCAGAACACCAACAGUAAAGAUGAUACUUCUAGUGGAUACAGGAUGCUUGUUUAUCUGAAAUAUUGCUUUCAGGGCUUGGCAUUUCCUCCAGGGCAUGGGAUAAUUCCCCGAUCCCGGCUUCAUUCAGUGAGGGAAGAACUCCUGCAAUUUCUGCUUGAAGAGUCUAAGCCACUCACUUCUGAAGUAUUUAAGGGUUUCAAUGCUUCUUGUGGAAAGUGCCUAAACAUAUGCUAUCUGCUAUGGAUGGAUACUGAAGCUACUUUGGAAGUCCUCAAAUGUGCUUUUGUACAGGAUAACUUUGAACCUAGAGAUGAACUUCCAAGUACUGUCCAUACGUCUGUCUCAGGCAAUGAAGAUAGUAUUGACGCUGGAAGCCCAGAGAGCCAAAAUACUAUGGUACAAAAUGUAGUUGAUGCCAUCAUUGACAUUGUUGGUUUGAAAAAUGAUGUGAUUCGGUCCGUUGUCAUGGGUAACACUGAAUCAGAAUUUUGGCCUUCGGAGAAGGAUUUUAGCUAUUUAAUGGAGUUUGUGUCCUUUUUUGUUUCCCACAAAAGGGCUAAUGCAUCUAAGAGAGUUGUUAGGCACAUUCUUACUUAUCUCAUUUCAUCAUAUGAUGACACAAGAACAAGGACUCAGAAAGAAAAAGAAGUUCUUCAACUCUUCAAUGCGGUUCCCCAAAAUGAUUGGAAUUCAGAUUUUGUCUUGAACCUUUGUUCAGAUGCUCAUUUCUAUCAGGCCUGUGGCUUGAUAUUUACGACUAGGAAUCAGAAUUUGGCUGCUUUAGAUAGUUACAUGAAGGAUGAAGAGGAACCUUUCCAUGCUUUUAUCUUCAUUGAUAAAAAGUUACUAGAAUUGGUUGAUGAUGAAGCUUUGUCAUUUUAUACCACUGUAAUAUCUCGCUUUCCUGAGCUAGUCAAGCUAAGCAGGGAGUGUGCAUUUGUCUUGGCCAGUGAUCAUUUCUGUGAUAAGAUACAGCAAAUAUUAGCAGAGCUUCGUUCUGACAGACACAGCCUCUUUCUUUUCUUGAAAACUGCUAUUGAAGCACACUUGUCUGGAAAACUUGACCUCAGUAAGCUUGAAGUAAGAAACAAACAAACUGUUGAACUCCAGUACUCUUCUACUGACGUUGAAGAUUAUCAGCAGAGGCUAUCAAAUCUCUCCAAGUUAUGCCACAAUCCUGUUUACAUCGACGACGAGUUGGUUGAACUCUAUCUGGAGUUACAGAUUGGAGCGGUGCUUGCAUUUUGCCUAGAUUAUGGAGUUACAGAUGCUGCUGCAUUCUUGCAAGAGAGGGUUGGUGAUGUUGGGAGUGCCUUAGACCUUAUUCUGGCUGGACUUGAUGAGAAAAUUAGCCUAUUUAUCUCUUCUGUGGAAAAUACUUUCUCUGGUGUCGCAUCAAAAAGUAUCUCUGAAAUUAAGCAACUAGACAUUGUUCUAGAAAUGAGUGAGGAAUUCUGGCGCUUGGACCCAGAGGAAUCUCAGUCCCUUUGGUUCCAAUUGCUUGACUCCUUCUCAGAGCCAUUAAAAAAAUUGUAUGGAAUCAAGGAUGUAAAUGGAAAAGGUGCCAGGUCAAAUUGGAGUGAAGCACCAAUGGAACAUCUGAAGGAAAAAGGACUAUCUCAACAAAUGAGGAUUUCAACUAAACAAAAGUGCCUAAAUGUUCUGCGAAAAGUAUUUUCACAAUGUGUUGGAGAAACAAUAGAGGCCAUGGCUGGGUAUAUACCCCUACCAGCAAUCAUGGCAAAACUGUUAUCCGAUAAUGGGAGUCAAGAGUUUGGUGAUUUCAAACUUGUGAUACACAGAAUGUUAUCUAUGUAUCUUUACGAAAAAAGAAUACUGGAAACAGCUAAGUCAGUAAUUGAGGAUGACUCAUUUUAUACCUUGAGCUUAUUAAAGAGAGGAGUUUGUCAUGGGUUUGCUCCAGAGACUUUUGUAUGCUGCAUAUGCAACUGCUCACUUUCUAAAGAAGGUGCUAUUUCAGCCGUACGGUUGUUCAGUUGUGGGCAUGCAACACAUCUUCAGUGUGAGUCUGGUCAGACCAGGUCAUCCAAUCGGGAAUCCAAAGAGGGAUGCCCUGUCUGUCUCUCGAUGAGUGAUACACAAGCUCGAAGCAAAUCACCUAUGUUUGAGAAUGGGUUAAUGAAGUAUUCUGGGGCUGAACAUGAAGUGUCACAUGGCAUCCAUCAGAUUCAUGAAGUUGAUCAUGCUGAGAGAUCUCGUGGGCUUCAACAGAUGUCACGGUAUGAAAUACUGAAUAAUCUUCAGAAAGCGCAGAAGUCCUUUCAUAUAGAAACCGUACCUCCAUUGAAACUUGCACCGCCAGCUAUAUAUCAUGAGAAGAUACAGAAGAGGACCACUUCAGUUGGUGAAACUAGCAAACAUUCAGUUAGAAGUCAAAAACCCCAGAAAAUAUGGCAAAUGAAGGAGCAAAAAUCAAAACAGACUGGGAGUCGUCAUCCACAAAAGUCAAGUUUUCUACGUAAAUAG